AUGAUCUCAAGACUGUACCGAAUCAGCACAGUACGGUACUAUUCCUCUUAUACUGAUGUAAGAGUACGAUUUGCACCAUCUCCGACCGGUCGAAUGCACUUGGGCUCGUUACGGACAGCUUUAUACAAUUAUCUCUUUGCCAAAUCGAAAAAUGGCCAAUUCAUAGUGCGAAUCGAGGACACGGACCAGAAUCGACUGGUUGAUGGAGUUGCUGAAGAGGUGAGUGAGAAUAGAGUAUGAUAGACAGAGAAGUUUUAGUGGUUACCGGCGGUAAUGGGUUUUUAUAGAAUAUUGUAGUAGGUUUUGGUAAGCAAAAGAUUAUAUUGUAGUAGGUAGAAGUUUUUUUGAAGUUCAAUAUUAAAAAUGGAUUUCAAAGACCACAAAAAUGACUUCCACAUCAAUUUAAGCCAUCAUAACACUAUAAUAAUUUCAGUUCGAGCAAAUCCUCACCGAUUAUGACCUAAAAAUCGACGAAAGUCCUCAAAAAGGUGGUUCAUUUGGUCCAUAUCAGCAAUCCAAACGUCUAAACUACUAUCAUGAUGCAGUAAAACAAUUAAUAGACUCUGGUCAUGCCUAUAGAUGUUUUUGUACAGCACAAAGACUCGAGAUUCUGAAGAAAAAUGCGAUUCGAGAACGGACUUCACCUAAAUACGAUAAUCAUUGUAGACAUGUUAAUAAUGAUGAAAGCGAAGCCAGAAAAGAUGAACCACAUGUUGUGAGGUUUAAAUUCGACAAAGAGAAGAUUGACUUUGAUGUGAGUAAAAUUAUGUUGUUUUAGGUUAAUCGUAACGUUUAGUUUCUUUCGAAUCUUCGCCAUGGUAUAAUUACAAGAUUUUUUUUUGAAAAAAUUCACUUUAAAACCAAUAUAUCAGUCGAAACAUUUAAAAAACCUAGAAAAUUAUAAAAAAUACAUUUAGGACAUUGCCUACGGUCAUAUUCAUACCGAAGUCGACGAAGGAGACUUUAUUAUAAUGAAAUCCGACCACUUUCCCACCUACCAUUUGGCCAAUGUUGUCGAUGAUCAUCAUAUGCAAAUUUCACAUGUCAUACGUGGACAAGAAUGGCUGGCUAGUGUUCCCAAACAUGUCAAAUUAUAUCGGUAAGCUGGUUCGUUCAUUUUGGAAAAAUAUUUUGGUAAAUGAAGUUUUGAGAGUCGCGCCCGAAGUCCGCAGGCUGCAGAAGGAGGUCCGCUGAUGAUGAAGGGAAAAAUAGUAAAACACGUAGCUGUGUCGAAAUAUGGCUGUAAUUAACGAUAAAACUCAUCGAAUUAGGAUAUUAUUUUUGAAUUUUAAAGAAUGUUACGGUAACCAUCCGAUAACUGUCAUUUGCUUCACUUUCAGAGCCUUCCAAUGGCAACAACCGAAAUGGCUUCAUUUACCAUUGAUUAUGAGGAAUGCAAGAAGCAAACUGUCGAAACGUGAUGAAGAUGGCUUUGCUGAUUACUAUUAUCAUCAAAAGGGAUAUUUGAGGUCGGCGAUCCUGAACUUGUUGAUUCGAAAUGGCAGUGGAAUCAGGUACUUUGACGUGAAAAAGUUUUACGAAUUGGAAGAAAUGAUUGAACAGUUUGAUGAGAGCUUGUUGGGGACUAGGAGUUUGCAGGUAAGGCGCUGUUUUUUAUUGUACAAUCUACCCCUACCCUACCCUACCUUACCCUACCCUACCCUAACCUACCCUACGCUACCCUACCCUACCCUACCCUACCCUACCCUACCCUACCCUACCCUACCCUACCCUACCCUACCCUACCCUACUCUACCCUACUCUAUCCUACCCUAUUCUACCCUACCUUACCCUUCCCUACUUUACUCUACCCUACGUCGUCUUACUGUACCUUCUCUUGACCUACUGUACUCUACCUUGAUCUAUUGUACACUAACUUGCCCUGCUGUAUCGUCUGUUGCCUUACUAUACCCAAGCUUGACCUACUUUAUCCUGGCUUGCUCGACUGUACCUUACCUUACUCUACCCUACCUCACCUUAGUCUAUUGUACUCUACUUUUCAAAUUAUCAUAAAUCUUUAAAAAACCUAUUUCAGUUAGACACAGAAGCCUUGGACAGAUACGCGCGUCUUUCAAUUGCCAAAGCUUAUGAAGAGAAAACAUUGAAUGAUGAAAUACGAUUCUUUUUCAAUCGAAAACAAGUCAAAGUGAAUCUAGAGUUAUUGACAGAAGAAUACUUGAACAAGUCGACCGAGUUUUUGACCAAUAAUGAAGAAGCAUUCUCACACUUGGGGCAACUUAUUGUACCUGAGAAUAAGAAGGAAAAGGAUAUGUAAGUGAUUUUCUAUGGGUUACUUGGAAUUAGUCUGCACUAGACUUUACUGUAUCUUGUGGCCUAAUUUUACUUUUGACUUUACAGUAUUUUAGGCUCUAUCGGUAACUAUUACAUACUUUAGGCUUUACCAUACCGUAUGCCGUAUAGGCGCUAGGACAAAUGCGGUUUUUGGACAUUUGCGGAUCUGCGGUUUUUAGACACUUGCGGAUCUUCUGUUUUUGGACACUUGCGGAUUUUGGACAUUUGCGGAUUUUUUAAAGGGGUUUUUUUUAUUUUUUAUUUAAUUUAGUUGUAGUAUGGUACUAAAUGGUACUAAAUUUUAAAUUGGCACUGUCUUAAUAUUUCUUAAUGUUAAAUAGUACUAAAUUUUUAAUCGGUACUGUUUUUAUAUUUUUGGUACUAAAUAGUACUAAAAGCCCAAAAAGGUACUGUUAUGUUAAAACCGUACCAAUUGAAACUUUAGUACAAUUUAGUACCAUAAUACAACUAAAUUAACUAAAAAAUUUAAAAAAACCUUUAAAAAAUCCGCAAAUGUCCAAAAACCGAAGAUCCGCAAGUGUCUAAAAACCGCAGAUCCGCAAAUGUCCAAAAACCGCAUUUGUCCUAGCGCCGCCGUAUAGUACCCUACAAUUUAUUUUAUCAUAAAAUACUUUUUUCUUACUUUGUCUUACUUUAAGACAUCAUAACUUAACUAAUUCAGGUUCUCCUUUCUUUUCACAGUACCAAAUGGACCAAUCGAACUACCAAAGCAUAUAAAAUCAACGGAAAACGCCAUAAACUAUUUAAACUUGUUCAUCAACUACAUAGACGAAGUAAAAGGCUGGGAUUACGAAAAAAUCAAGGAGAUUUGUUCGAUAAACCAAAUUUCGCCAAAACAUUUUCUAAUGUUUAUUCGAAUCUCAACCAUCAACAAUGUGAAUGGACCACCGAUCUCGGAACUUUUUGAGUUUUAUGGAUCUGAAGAGAUCAGGAAACGACUGGAAAGACAAGUGAAAUGGUUGAAGGAGAAGGUGGAACUGACUGGUAAGACGAGUCAAUUGGAUAGUGGAGAUGUUGACCAAAGUUAUAAGGCUAAAAAGGAAGAAAGUUGCCAGGUAGAUGGUUGA